CCAGUUUCCAGGCCCCAGGGAAGGGGCUGCCACCCCUCAGCCCUGACCCAGGCUGCCCGGUCCCCAUGACACCUCCCACUCCCACUGUGGCCAAGAUGGGCUCAGGGGCUGCCCUUGGCCUGGCCUAGAGACCUCUGCCAGCUGGUGGUGGAGCUGGCACCCUCUGGGAGGGAGGGGGCUGGGAGGAAAUGAGUGGGAAUGGCGGGAGGCCAGGCUCUGGUGGGAGCAGGUUGAGGCAGGUUUGGCUUCCUAGGAAUGCCAAGUUGGGGGCCAGUGGGCAAACAUAUAAAUCCUCACCCUGGGAGCCUGCGCGCCUUGCUCUCCUUCCUGGGUUUCUCUCUGCCACCUGAUCUGCCGCAGGUCCAUGAUGUGCAGUCCUCUGGAGCAGGCACUGGCUGUGCUGGUCACCACCUUCCACAAGUACUCCUGCCAGGAGGGCGACAAGUUCAAGCUCAGUAAGGGGGAGAUGAAGGAUCUUCUGCAGAAGGAGCUGCCCAGCUUUGUGGGGGAGAAGGUGGAUGAGGAGAGGCUGAAGAAGCUGAUGGGCAACCUGGAUGAGAACAGUGACCAGCAGGUGGACUUCCAGGAGUAUGCUGUUUUUCUGGCCCUCGUCACUGUCAUGUGCAAUGAAUUCUUCCAGGGCUGCCCAGACCGACCCUGAAGCAGAACUCUUGACUCCCUGCCGUGGAUCUCUUGAGCCCAGGAUGCUCGAUGCCUUUGAGUUUUGUAUUCAAUAAACUUAUUUUUUAA